AUGACUGCUAAUGCUUAUAAAGCUCAUAAUAAUACUCAACUCCAAAUUGUUAAUAUUAUUACUUCUGGUUUUACUGACAGUCUUAAAGGCUGGUGGGAUUUCUAUAUUUCACAAGAAGAAAAAGAUUAUAUUUUAUCUGCUAAGAAAACUAUUAUAAAACAAGAAAAUAAUCAACAAAUACAAACGUUUGAAGAUGAUAUGGUUAACACUUUAAUUUUUGCUAUUAUCAAAAACUUUGUAGGAGAUCCUACUACUUUUCAAGAAAAAACUUCAGAAAUUUUAAUGAAUUUACAUUGUAGAAAACUUACUGAUUUUAGAUGGUAUAAAAAUAAUUAUCUUGUUAAAGUUUUUUCAAGACCUGUUUGUAAAGAGUCCUAUUGGAAAGAACGUUUUAUUGCUGGCCUUCCAAAACUCUUUGCGGAAAGAGUUAGACAAAAAUUAAGAGAAAAUUUUAAUAAUACCAUCCCUUAUCAAAAUUUAACUUAUGGAGAUUUAAUAAACUAUAUUAAUAAAGAGGGAUUAGCAGUUUGUGCUGAUCUUAGGUUUAAAGAAAAACUCAAAAAAGAUAGAAUUAACAGUAAAAAUGAAUUGAGAAAUUUUUGCCAACAAUAUGGUUAUCAGCCCUUGAAUGGUCCGUCUACUUCAAAAUCUAAAGUAUUUAAUAAAAGAUCUUCAAAAUAUUUCAGGAAAAAGAAAUAUAAUCUUCCAGAAAAUUAUAAAAAGGGCAAAGAUUACGCUUCAAAAUCUAAAAAACCUUAUAGACUAAAUUAUAAAAAAUCUAAAAGAAAAUCAAAAGAUAUUAUUAUUUGUCAUAAAUGUGGGCGUAAUUGUCAUACAGCUAAUAAUUGUUAUGCUAAGACAAAAAUAAAUGAGUUAAAUGUCUCUGAAGACUUGAAAAAACAAAUAAGAAAAAUUAUUUUAAAUACUGAUUCAGAUUCCGAUGAAAGUAUUUCUGACUUUCAAACAAAUGAUUUAAAUAUUCUGGAAAAUACUACUUCAAGUUCUGAAGAUUCUGAUAUUUGCGAGUGUAUUGGUAAAUGUCACUGUAACAAUUUAAUCAAUGUAAUUACUAGUAGCUCCAUUAAUGUUCUUUCACAAGAUGAUAAAGAUCUUUUAAACUCUCUUGAUUCUAUAAAAGAUAAAAAUAUCCAAUAA